CGGCGGCAAGCGCGAGACGGGAGCCCUUCGCUGUGGACUUUUGACACGGACACGCAGCGACACGCCAGGACCUUUUUUUUUUCUCCCACGGAUACACGCAAGACUCUUGCUGGGACGACUACUGAAGCUACAAGCAUGCAACACUACGGCGUGAACGGCUACUCCCUGCACGCCAUGAACUCCCUCAGCGCCAUGUACAACCUCCACCAGCAGGCGGCGCAACAGGCGCAGCACGCGCCCGACUACCGGCCCUCCGUGCACGCGCUCACGCUGGCAGAGAGACUAGCAGACAUCAUCCUGGAGGCUCGCUACGGCUCUCAGCACCGCAAACAACGUCGGAGCCGCACGGCCUUCACCGCCCAGCAGCUGGAGGCUCUGGAGAAAACCUUCCAGAAGACCCACUACCCCGAUGUGGUGAUGCGGGAGCGGCUGGCCAUGUGCACCAACCUGCCUGAGGCCCGAGUGCAGGUCUGGUUCAAGAACCGCAGGGCCAAGUUCCGUAAGAAGCAGCGCAGCCUCCAGAAGGAGCAGCUGCAGAAGCAGAAGGAGCCCACAGGUGAAGGAGGCUCCGAGAAGGACGACGGCCCGCCCUCCACCACCUCCAGCAACACCCCGCCUGACUCCCAGCCGCCGCCGUCCUCCUCCUCCUCCUCCACAUCCCUGGAGACGGCAGAGGGUCCCGUGGUACGCCCGCUACCGCUCCACAUGGAAGUCAACGUCACGUCGGCGGAGCAGUCCGGCAGCGAGUCUGCCACGGAGGACAACGCCACCGAUAAAGAGGACGAGAGUAAAUGUCUGCAGCCGGAGGAGAUGCAGAGCGAGGGAGCCAUGACACCGGGCGACGACUCGUCCCCUUACAAGAGACUCAGCCCUAAAGCAGACUCACCUUGCAUCUCUCCGUCCGUGACCCCGUCUUCGUCCAGCAGUGGCCUGGCCGCCGGCGGUCCGCUCCCCCAGAACCACUCCUACUCGUCCUCCCCCCUGAGCCUGUUCCGCCUGCAGGAGCAGUUCCGCCAGCACAUGGCCGCCACCAACAACCUGGUGCACUACCCCGCUUUUGACCUGGCCGCCCCCUCGUCACUCCCCUACCUGGGCAUGAACGUCAACAUGCCGCCCGCGCCGCUGGGCACGCUGCCCUGCCAGUCGUACUACCAGUCGCUGUCCCACCACGCCCAGCAGGUGUGGAGCAGCCCGCUGCUGCAGGCGUCCGCCGCCGCCGGCGGCCUGAGCGGCCACAACAGCAAGACCACCAGCAUCGAGAACCUGCGGCUAAGGGCCAAGCAGCACGCCGCCUCGCUGGGACUGGACGCCUUGUCUAACUGAAACGCCCGCCUGGACGGAGGAGGACUUGAGGCGACAUUUCCUAGCAGCUUCUUGAAAUAAAAAGAGGGACAAAAACAGAACUCGAUGAAGUGAACGUUCAUUCAAAGGACAUAUUGUAGGGGAAGGACUCAUAUGGCCCCCUUCUUGAGUGGAUCUCACGCGGGAGGUUCGUCGUUUUGCAAUGCAUUCUGCUGAAAAUGAUGGAAAGCACCACUCUAAAUCGCAACAGGUCAAAGUUGAAAACGCCACAAAACACAAUUUAAAGUAGCAGUAAAGUGUAAAAUUUAAAGUUAAAGUUAAAGUACCAAUGAUUGUCACAC